AGUCCUCGCUCCCCGAGUCCUCGCUCCCCGAGUCCUCGCUCCCCGAGUCCUCGCUCCCCGAGUCCUCGCUCCCCGAGUCCUCGCUCCCCGAGUCCUCGCUCCCCCUCGAGUCCUCGCUCCCCGAGUCCUCGCUCCCCGAGUCCUCGCUCCCCGAGUCCUCGCUCCCCGAGCCUCGCUCCCGAGUCCUCGCCCCCGAGUCCUCGCUCCCCGAGUCCUCGCUCCCCGAGUCCUCGCUCCCCGAGUCCUCGCUCCCCGAGUCCUCGCUCCCCGAGUCCUCGCUCCCCGAGUCCUCGCUCCCCGAGUCCUCGCUCCCCGAGUCCUCGCUCCCCGAGUCCUCGCUCCCCGAGUCCUCGCUCCCCGAGUCCUCGCUCCCCGAGUCCUCGCUCCCCGAGUCCUCGCUCCCCGAGUCCUCGCUCCCCGAGUCCUCGCUCCCCGAGUCCUCGCUCCCCGAGUCCUCGCCCGAGUCCUCGCUCCCCGAGUCCUCGCUCCCCGAGUCCUCGCUCCCCGAGUCCUCGCUCCCCGAGUCCUCGCUCCCCGAGUCCUCGCUCCCCGAGUCCUCGCUCCCCGAGUCCUCGCUCCCCGAGUCCUCGCUCCCCGAGUCCUCGCUCCCCGAGUCCUCGCUCCCCGAGUCCUCGCUCCCCGAGUCCUCGCUCCCCGAGUCCUCGCUCCCCGAGUCCUCGCUCCCCGAGUCCUCGCUCCCCGAGUCCUCGCUCCCCGAGUCCUCGCUCCCCGAGUCCUCGCUCCCCGAGUCCUCGCUCCCCGAGUCCUCGCUCCCCGAGUCCUCGCUCCCCGAGUCCUCGGCUCCCCGAUCCUCGCUCCCCGAGUCCUCGCUCCCCGAGUCCUCGCUCCCCGAGUCCUCGCUCCCCGAGUCCUCGCUCCCCGAGUCCUCGCUCCCCGAGUCCUCGCUCCCCGAGUCCUCGCUCCCCGAGUCCUCGCUCCCCGAGUCCUCGCUCCCCGAGUCCUCGCUCCCCGAGUCCUCGCUCCCCGAGUCCUCGCUCCCCGAGUCCUCGCUCCCCGAGUCCUCGCUCCCCGAGCCUCGCUCUCCAGUCCUCGCUCCCCGAUCCUCGCUCCCCGAGUCCUCGCUCCCCGAGUCCUCGCUCCCCGAGUCCUCGCUCCCCGAUCUCGCCCCCGAGUCCUCGCUCCCCGAGUCCUCGCUCCCCGAGUCCUCGCUCCCCG